AUGUCUUGGCUCCUCCGAUUCUUUAGUUUUGACAACGAAAAUAUUGCUAGUCGCCACAUAGACUCACGACAACGAGCAAGGAAGACGUGGAAUGUUGGUGAAAAGGAGCCGCAGGUUAAGGUAGGGGACAUCAUUGAAAAAUAUGGACAGGUGUUCACAUGGUCAGACUUACAUGUCAUGCCCUCGAGGCUUCAAUGCCUGCGAUCAGAAGGUGAUGUCAUGUGCGAUAUGCUGCUAGAAACGUUCAACCCGCAACCCAAGGAUGACGUGCUAGACAAGAUCCUUGACGAUGCUAAAGAAAGCUCUGAUUUGAAUGCGAAGAACUUUAUUCACGCAUACAGUGAAGUGCCAGCAUGGGUUGACUGGGAGCAAGUGAGAAGAGGGCAGAAAGUUUUUAUUCGCGACCUCCCAGCCUGCGGAAUUUCGCUCUACUACCUCAGUUUGGUAGGAGGAUUUAGUGCUCCCUUGAUUACCAAAGUGCUGAGGGCCACAGGAUAUCUUACAAGUGGAAGGAAACAAGUGAUUCGACGACUGGCCGAUACCUCUCAGAUGAUCUUCGAGUGUUUGAUGCCUGACUCGCUUCUUCCCAACAACAAGGGAUGGCUGUCUGUUCUGCGUGUACGCUUCCUGCACGGGAUGGUUAGGAGACGGUUGAAAUCGAGACCAUAUUGGAAUGAGAAGGAGUGGGGAGUGCCAAUCAAUCAAGAAGAUAUGUCUGCGACAUUGCUUGCGUUCUCCUACAACGUGCUGAUUGGAAUAGAACUUGUGCUUGGAAAACCUUUGAACCGGGAGGACCAGGAGUGUUACAUUCAUCUAUGGCGCUACAUCGGAUGGUUGAUUGGAGUUGAUGACAAGCAUAAUCCUUGCACCUCAGUAGAUCGAGCAAAGGCAACUUUAGAAUCCAUCGUGAUGCACAUCUUGGAACCAGAUGAGGAUAGUCGGGCAGUUGCUUUUCACCUGCUCCAGGUUCCAAGAAAUGGACGAGGACUAGCUUUCAGGCAACAUCUCUGUCGAAAAUUCAUAGGGGAUAAGUUGGCGGAUUCUUUGGGGCUGCCAGUCUCUACAUUAUGGCAAUCAUUUACAUAUUUUUUCAUGAUCUGUAUCAGAUUGUACAGGUUGCCCAGUUUUAAGGACUCACGAGAUAAGAGAUACAAAGGAGUUUUCCUGAACGAUCCUUGGUAUAAUUGUGCCUAA